GAAAAGGCAAAGAGACAGAGAAGGAGAAAGAUGGAUGGAAAGAUAAGUAGCUACUUUUGGCAUUUAUUAUUUAUUAAUUUUUGGGAAGUCCAACUCUAAAAUAGCAAGCAAAUACAGAAGACUUUUCAGCCAAUGAGAACUACCUUAUCGUCCGUUGGAAGCAAAACAAAGCAGUGCAAAACCCAAAUCCAAAGAGAGAGAGAAAAAAAAAAAAAAGGACAACAACAAAAAGGAGCCUCGAUCCUCCUGUCCUCUCCUCCAUACCAAAACCAAAAACUCCUCAUCAGAAUCUCUUUAUGUCCAACGACAUCUCCCCCGCAUCAAAACGAAUAAAACUCAAUCCCCACCACCAAAACGACAACGACAACGAAGGUUUCGAUCCCCUCCUCCCAGGCCUUCCCAACCACCUAGCCCAAGUCUGUCUCUCUCUCCUCCCCCCUUUCUCUCUCUUCUCCGUCUGCCGCUCCUGGCGCCGCCUCAUCUACACUCCAUCCUUCCCUCCUUUCCUCUCUCUCUACGCCCUUUUCUCCACCUCCUCCCCACACCAAUCCCUUCAUUUCCGCUCCUUCGACCCGAUCUCCUCCACGUGGCACGUCCUCCCUCCUCCGCCGUCCGAUCCCCCUCUCCGCCUCCUCCUCCGCCACCCCUCCUUCGUCUCCCGCAACCUCCCCAUCCAAUCCCUCUCCGUCGCGGGCGACCUCCUCAUCCUCGCCGCCACCGCCGCCGACUUCUCCCCAGCCAUCCCCCGGCCCAUCGUGUUCCACACGCGCGGCUGGCGGUGGGCCUUCGGCCCCCCGCUCGCAGCGCCGCGCCGGUGGUGCGCCGCCGGCUCGCUCCGUGGCUCGGCCUACGUGGCGAGCGGGAUCGGGUCGCAGUUCUCCCAGGAAGUCGCGAGGACGGUGGAGAGAUGGGAUCUAGAGAGAGAAAGUGCUUGGGAGAGAGUGAGUGAUCUGAAGAACGGGAGGUUCCGCAGAGACGCCAUUGACGCCGUCGGGUGGAGAGGGAAGCUCUGCAUGGUGAACGUGCAGGGCGGCUCCAUGAAGGAUGGCGUCGUUUACGACGCCGAGAAGGACGCGUGGGAGGAGAUGCCGGCGGGGAUGAUCGGAGGGUGGAGGGGGCCGGCGGCGGCGAUGGAUGAGGAGGAGAUGUUCAUGGUGGACGAGGCGAAGGGAGUUUUGAGGAGGUACGAUGAAGAGAGGGAUGAUUGGGAAAAGGUUGUGGAGUCGGAGAGGUUGAGAGGGGCGGAGCAGAUCGCCGCCGGCGGAGGGAAGGUUUGUGUCGUUUGUGGCGGAGGGAGAGGGAUUGUGGUGGUGGAUGUGGUGUCGCCAUCGCCGGGGAGGAUUUGGGAGGUGGAGACGCCGUCUGGGCUCGAGGCCGUGGCGGUUCACGUCUUGCCUAGAAUGAGCAUUCCGGUACAACCAAGGAAAUGAUUUUAUUAUUUUUUUACAUAUCCAGAGUUUUGUAUUUUUUAUAAUUUUUUAUUUAGAAUUACGUGAUAAGAUGAAAGAAAAAAAUUGUGCUCAUGGGUUUUAGUAGACUGUUAUCGUAUUAAAAUCAUAUGUGGAUUUAUGGCAUGAAAUUUGAUGGAAUUUGAAGA